CGUAAAGUUGACUCGCAAUUGGCAGUAGUGAACAAUACAAUCAUUGGAAAUCCGAAAGAUUCGUUCAAUCGAAGGUUCGAUCAACCUAGAAAUUAUUAUAAUAGUGUACCAACUGCACCUUUCAUUCAGGCCUUCGAUCCAAUCAGUGUAUUAGCUUCUCUAGCAUUUUUAGCAUUUCUCUUGCAAUCAUUUGCUGCACUAUUUGAUCGAACAAGAUCUUUAAUACCUACGAUAAUCAAUAGCAGACAAGCCAAUUACGAAUAUGAAGAACGAGUUGCCGAUGUGGAAAAAAUAGUUUUGCGUGCUUUGAAGGACUAUGUACGCAAUUAUUUUUGUUGGAACGAAUAA